AUGGCUAGCAAUAAUAAAAUUAAGGAUUUAGAUGAAAUUCUUAACUAAAAGGAUUUCAUGAAGUAGGUUUUGUAGAAAGAUGCAAGUCUUGUUCGUUUGAGUAACUCUCUUCCAUAAAAUGAUGAAAUGAAGUUUUACAUGAACAAUGAGCAACUAAAAUAAAAGCAAAAGGCUAUCAAUGUUAAAAUUCUCCACCAGUUAAAGAAAAUAGCAUCAUUUAUAUAAUUUGAGCAAGCUUCUAGCAUUGACUUAAACCAUUUUAGCCAUAUCAUAGACAUGAAUGAUCUACUUUUUGAGAAUAUCGACACUUCAUUGGACAAAAUUAAAAAAAUUAAUAAUGUCACUGAGUCUUCUCUUUUCGAUCCUUCUAAGACUAUAUCCUCUGACAAGGGCUUCAAGCCUAUUAGUGGGGAGGAAUCCGAAGACAUAAUCACAAUAGCAACAAAAGAAAAACCUUAAAACCAUUUUAAAGAUUGCAUUGAUAAUUCAAUAGAACAUCCUUUCAUUCCUGUCAUCAAAGAAAAGCUAAAUGCAGAUGUUCCAUUAGAUGAUGUCAUAGUUUAAGUAUAGAGAGAGGGAGCUGAAAGCUUUUUUAAAACCAUUUAAGACCCUUUAUAAUAUGAAUUUCCCCACCCUUAUGCUUAUGAAAUUGAGAAUUUCAAUUUCUCAGAGUAACAAUUACAGACAGAUAAUAUAAUAGUUUAGGAGCCUAUUAGUCUUAAAGAGGAGUUAGUGUUUGUAGAUAAAGAAGAUAUUUUAGACGAAAUGAUAGAGUCUCUGAAGUAAUGUAGCGAAGUAGCUAUUGAUUUAGAACACCAUUCAUAUCGUUCAUUCAACGGUAUUACUUGCUUGAUGCAGAUUUCUAGCAGAACUAAAGACUACAUUGUGGAUGUCUUCAGUGUAUGGAAAUCUCUACAUAAGCUUAAUGCAGUUACUACAGAUAAAAAUAUUGUUAAAGUUCUUCAUGGUGCAGAUAUGGAUAUUCAAUGGUUACAAAGAGAUUUUGGAAUUUAUAUUGUUAAUUUAUUCGAUACCGGAUAAGCAGCCAGAACUUUAUCUAUGCCCAGCUAUGCAUUAGCUUAUCUUUUAUAAUCUAUUUCAAAAGUACCCACAGAUAAAAAGUACCAAUUAGCUGAUUGGAGAAUCCGUCCUCUCCCAAGAGAAAUGAUAAGUUAUGCUAGAUCAGAUACACACUAUUUGUUAUCAAUUUAUGACAAUUUAAGAAUUCAACUUGUAAGCAAAGCACUUUAGUAAGGAUAAAAUGCUUCUCACUUUAUUGAGAGUGUUCUGAAUAAGUCUAGAGCUAUUUGCCUCAAAAAGUAUGUCAAGCCAAUUUUAGAUGAUGAAAAAUAUCACUCAAUUUUACAAAAUUAACGUAUCAUCUUAUCUGACAGAAAGUUCCGCAUUUUAAAAAGACUCCUCGAAUGGAGAUAUAAAAUGGCUGCUAAAUAUGAUGAAAAUCCUACCUUUGUUUUAGCUAAUGAUAUUCUUUUCAAUAUUGUAAAUAGACUACCCUAAACUCAGAAAGAGUUUGCAUCUUCAAAUCUUAAGCUUAGUUACGUAUGCCAAUAUCAUGCAAACGAAAUUCUUUCUAUUAUUAAGGAAGAAAUUGAAUCUGAACAAAAGUCUAAAUCUGGAGAAUCAGAGAGUGCCACCAAAAAUUAAAGUGAAAUGGAAACUGAAGAUCUGAUUUAUGCCUCUCGUAACCAUAAUAAUAACAUAUCAGGAUACUAAAUAAUUAACACUCAGAGUCACCAAAUGGAGUAGGAGCUUGAAGAUGAAGAGGUUUCCUUCAAAUUUGAAGUAAUUGAUGUAUAAAUUGGGGUGUAUUAAGGCAAUUUGAAUAUUUUAGAAGACCACAUACUAUCAUCUUCAACCUCUGCUGAAAUAUAAUCAAAAAUAGAUAAAAUUAAUUCUUCUUUCUUCUAUGCAGAUCCUGUAGAUUUUUAUUGCGAAAAAUACCCUUUUAUGAGAGAAGCUUAUGAACUCGCUAAAUUGCAAGAAGAAGAAAUUAUGAAAAAAAGAAAUGACCUGGCCUACAUUUAGAGUAAAAACCCAUUUGAAGGUGAAAACGAAGGACAAACUAACAAGGAAGAAGAAGAAAGAGAUAUUUAUUUAGCAUUUGAUAAGGAAAAAGGACCUUCUUCUAAACCAAAAGAAGUUGAACAAAUAAAUGUGCCUGAUUUACCUCAAUCUUAUGAAGAUUAGUUUAAAACAAGUCUCAAAAAGAGAAAAUAUAAUUUUGGCAAUGAAGCAAAAAGAAACAACAACUAAGAUGAAGAGGGAGAAGAAGAUAAUGAAAAUGGAGAAAAAAUUUACAAAAAAAGAUCUACUGGAUAAAAAAGUACAUUCGAUAUGUUAAUAGAGUAAGGUCUCAGAGAACAAACUGACUCUGAAGAAUCAGAUUCUGAAGAAGGUGAAUAAUAGUAGAAGAAGAAAAAAAGAGAGGUUACAGAAGAAGAAAAAAAACAAAUCGAAGAUAAUUUUAACCAGUUUGCAGAUAAAAUAAGAAAUAGAAUCAAUAAAGAUCCUAAGUUUAAAUCUGGUAUCAAUGCAUAAAAAAAAUUCAACAGUAGCAAUAAUAAAAAGGGUGGUAAUAAAAAAAAUAAUAAGUUUAUAAGCAAGUUCAACAAAAGCGGAUUUUGA